CGUGACGUUAAGCGAACGAAGCCCCUUAAAAAUUCCCUGGUGAUCCUCAGAACGGAGGUUUCGGUGAUCAAGAACUCUUAGAUCAGAGAACGGAGUCGACGAUGAUCGGCUCUCGUGGAAUCGACGACUCGCUGCUGGUCCUCCGGCUCCUUCGACAGUUUUGCGUUCCUAAUGCCUAGCUUCCUCGGACGUUUCCUUGGUAUUUCCAGACGAACCGAACGAUUAAUAAUGAACAUCUUGGGCUUGGUUAAUAGCACACUAGAUUGGAGUCCCAUUAAAUGGAGCAACAAGCUCGAACAAAUUUGGAACUUGUCUUUAUCGCAAGGAACACGUAUUUUCGACAUUAUUGGCGAGGAUACAAUCAAAACUGUUCUAUCAUGGAUCGUAAUCACGCGAAUCGUAAUCGCCCACCUAUACACGUUCUCCUAUAUGAUCAACCUUUAUCCCAUAUUAACGUCAACGCAGCCGAACCUCCUCUUACCUUGGCUGAUCCUUAGCUUUUUUAAAAACGUCGUGUUGGAAGUAAUCGUGAUAGCCGUUGGCCUUCUGCUUUGGUACGACAAGAGAUUCUCCUUGACUAUUUUCUUCGAAUUCGUCCUCGUAAAGGUCGUCCCUCUGAUCAUUUUCAGCUACGUCUGGUAUUCCAAUUCCUGUCUGUUCCUUGAACAGUGUCACAUGGAAAAGAUGCGAAAACUGAAGAGAAUGAGAAGCGACUCGAACCUAAUCGUCGGUCGUCUGUACAUAAAGUUGGCUGAUUCGAAGUAUAGGACGCGGUCUUUGACGACUUUGUUAUCCUGCGAAAGCUACGAGACCUACGAGACGCACGACACCAUCUCGCGGAUCAUCGACGAUCCCAAUUUAACGCCAGCUCAGAAAACCAUGAGGAUUCUUGGGCUGACCGAUCAAGACGUCGCCGAUGCGCGUACCAGGAUCAAAGAAAGGGAAAUUCAUAAAAAGUUGACGGAAUUGGAGGACAAUUCGCUAACAAGCAGCACCAAAAAUAUGUCUCUAUACUUCUUCGAUAAAUACGAUUUCAACACGCUGAAAGAUUUGCGGAAGGUGAAAGACGGACGAACGAAGGAUCGCGAAGAUGAAGUUACGACGGACGAACGUAAGGAGGAUGAAACUCCGAUGGAUGAACGCAAGCAGGACGAAAUUGUAAUGAAUGCACGCGUGGAGGAGCAAGUCGCGAUAUAUGGAUGCAAGGAGGAUGAAACUACGGUGAUGGAAGGUAAGGAGAACGAGCUGACGACGAGUGAAACUACGGAGGAUAAAGUUACGACGGAUAUCAUUUUGAGCAAUCCACCUACGUCCUCGAUGAACGUCCUUCUCGAACAGUCGCUAGAUGAUCGAUCUAUAUGUUCGGAGAAGACAAAUCCAUCGGUGGAGCAACGAAGUUCAUCUGGAAUGAAGAGAGUAGCAGCAGACUGCUUGGAAAGGAGUUGCGCGAAGCAAAUGAAACUGUAUCCAUCGGAUCGUGCGGAGGACUCGAAUCAGAGCGACUCUUUAUCGAGAAAACAGGACUCGUCUCAGUCGAAUCUCUCCCAUUCGAGACACGCGAGACGAAGCGUAGAGAAAAGUAGCAGUCCUGUGAAACUGCAAGCUCUGUUCAAUUGCAAUUGCAUCGUGGACGAGUAUUUGUACAAAGCGAACGCAGAGGAGUAUUGUUUCACGAACGGCGGCACGAUGGCGACUUCCACGCCUAACAAAAGUAUCGACGAGAGCAAGAUGACGAGAAGCGCGGAGAAGAGCGACUUUGAUAGCUCGAAAUCGACGAUCUAUCACUCGUGCUUGGACGACGCCAACGACGUUGAUCGGAGUCAGAAUCAAAAGACAGAAACUACGACGAAUAACAGUUUACUUUUGAUACGGGAAUUGUUACAAAAUGAUCUGAACAUAUUAAGGGAUGUCAAGAAGCACAACCAAAAGUUGGAGAAUGGAAGUUUGAUGUUAGACGAUAAACCCAAGCAGGAUAUUUUAAAGAUUUCGGAGAGCGAAUCGAGUGUCUUUCGGAAAUUGUACGUAGGACAGUGUAACACGUCCAUUGGCAUUCAAAAUUUAUCGGACAUUGUGAAAGAUUUGAGCGUGGCCCGGAACGUGGUGACCAAUUUGGAAACCUUGAGGACCGUCCAAUCUGAUGAAAGUGGAAGCAAAUUGAAGAAUGAAAAUGAAAUAUUAAAGAUUAUGGUUCCUACGACCGCCAUCGACGACGACGUAAGUUCCGCGCAGAGGAGCAGCUUGAGUCCUGGCAAGCCGAAGAAAACCAAGAAAAACGUAUUAAAAGUAAAUGCACCUGAAUAUUCAUUCGGCGACGCUAAUAUUCCAAGGUUCGUCAAGGACUCUAUGAAGGUUUUCGACGGCUGUUAUGAAAAGGAUUUCGCCAAUAACUCGGAGCUGCAGUGUAUGCUUCAGCAAUUGGAGAAGAAGAAAUGGAGUAUAUUCCCUGGUCAGCCUAACCAAAACGUGUCAAUACCAUCUACUUUCUUAAAACAGAACGAUCAACAUUAUCCAUCGUCGGCGUCGCAAGACUUGGGAAUCGUUGGUUUACCUAUUACCCAUUUCGACACAACGAAGAGGUACGAGAUCUCAGCAUCUACCUCCUCCAAGGAAACCGACGAGCAUGUCGCUUCUGAAAUCGUGCCAGAGAACAUGCAAUCCCUCGACGACGAUAUUUCCGUAUUAAGCGAUAUUCAUAAGCCUGGUAUCUCAAGCUUCACGAAGGACGCCCACACGCAAAGUGACAACGACGACCAUCAAGAUCUGCCAAGAACCUCGAAUCUCAGUGAGAAACACAGGAAGAUGUUCUUAAAACGUAAAUGCCUGAAAGAACAAUCGAGAAGCGCUUCUCCGAUCGCGAAUCUUCACGAACGUAAGAUCGAAUCGCAGAACUCGGUUGGAAAAGACCACGGCAAGCCUCCUAUACGUCAAAAACCAAUGAAACUUAACGACAAUCAGAGGAAACCAGCUGGCUUAACGAAAUCCGUAUCCGACAGAAGCGUCUGCGAUUGUAAAACGUGCCAGAAGGACAACAAAUACUCGAUUUUGACAGAAUCGAAGUUGGACAAGAGGGGCGAGAAUAAGAGAUGCACAGCGAAAUGCAAAGUAGAGACUUUCGGCACGAUUCCUUUCUCGCAGGUUGUGCGCCCAUCGAUGUUCGAUUCGAUGGUCUAUCGCAGAAAACCUCCGGUGUAUCCUAAAAAGGCCAAGAACGAGCCUCCCGCGCAGCCUGACGCCUCCAGUGUCGCUAAUACGAAGAAGACGUCGCCGUUUAAGGAACUUUUAGAACCAUCCAAGAGGCCAGCUGAUAAGCAAUCGAGCCACGGUUCGAAGAAAUUCAAAUGGAAGAGGAGAAUGGAAUCGCUGGAAGAACAGGAAGCUCGAGAGAUGAAGGCUCUAAAAGCAUACAACGAAGUCACGUUGCUGAAGGACAAGAAGGAAUUGGAAGCUAAGAAGAAGCUGCUUUCAGGAAGAAACUUGGCCACGGUUGGUCCUGAAAGCCUAAAGAAUCGAGGUUAUCCGAGGAAGAACAACCUGGAACGUUAUAAGAAAAAUAUUCCUCGAAACGUGGAAACGACGUACAACGACUGCUUCGACAAAGAGAACUUGUUAACAGACGCAACCACGGAAACGGAACCACUGUCGAAUCUUCCAUUUAUGGACAAUAAAAUGCAAUUCGCCGCGCCUGCAAGAUUCUUCGAUGUUCCACAUGAAAAAUACUCCUGUUCGAAGUUGUCCAAUGCUAAUAAGGUCACGGACAAGGUGUUGAAUAACUUUGGUAAAUCGCAUGCUGAACAGGUGAAGCAGGACGCGAAGAAGAGCAAGCAGAUCCUUGGUGAGACGGACACCAGGAAGCAACACACAAAGUACAGUAAACCGAAGAAGUCGAUGGACGAGGAAAACGUUUCGAUAGUUUCGAUGAAGAAGUUGGAAGGUGUGCAAAAAGGUCGCGAUUUAGAGAGGACACCUGCUAAAGAGGAUGUCAGGAGUCGCUUAAAAAUUUCUGCAGAGUCUUCUGACACGGAUCGACUGGCUGAGCUUGAUUCUCGCGACUCUCAAAGUCGUGCGAAUAUCGCCGUAUCUUUCGUUCAGAGCGAUCACGACAAAGUGACCUCGACUUUUGUGGAUGGCAAAGACUUUGGUGCGCAAGUUGGAGACUUAACGACGUUGAUUAAGCCUACGGCAACUCAAGACGUUGCUUCGUCGUGGUCUUCCAGCAUCAUCGAGCGACAGGAUGAAUCAUAUUCUCAGAAGCGAGAUGAUGCGAACACUCAGACGACCCAAUUCGAAGCAACGACGCUCAAACUCGAGAAUUCUAAAGAGAAAGAUGCAUUUGAAGCUGAGAAUGUCGAGAAAGAAGUUGUGCCAGUAUCGGAAACGGAGGUCCAGCCAAAGAAAGCUGAAGCAAUAUUGGAAGUAACAAACCACGAAAAGGAAGUUGAACCGACGUUGGAAACGGAAGACCAACGAAAUGAAACUGAGUCGAUACUGAAAGCUGAAGACCAAAAACAGGAAUUUGGAUCGAUAUUAGUAACGGAGGACCUCGAAAAGGAAGUUAAACUAGUAUCAGAGACGGAGGGCUAUCAAAAACACGCGAUCGAAGCAGAUAAAGAAGAAGAAAUCAAAGAUUCUGCAGUCUCGGACGAUAGUCUUGCAGAAUAUCUUCCAGAAUCUAUCGAUGACGAAAAAGAAAGUCUUCAAACCGAUGGAAUAGCCGAUGAAAUAACCGAUGAAAUUCGAAGGUAUAGCUCCGAAGUAUCACAGAAUGAACCUGGAAUAACUUCAAGAAGAAUAUUCACGAAUUUAUCGGAUUUCACAAGGAACAUCAACACGAAUUACGUGGCUGACGGCGUCAUUCUAAGUAAUUCGAACGCCCCGAGAGAAAACAACACUCCUGUAUGGGAUAUCGUAGACGAGGAGACCAUCAGAAAGCUGUACAACAUGUUUUCCCAUCGAUCUGUAAACUCUACUUUCGAUUUGCCCGGAGAAAUCCAAACAGUGGAUGACAUUUUAAAUAACAGACAGUCAGAGUCAUCGAUAGACGAUUUUAUUUUUCAGUCGGAUAGAUAUUCGACGAAUCUUUCCAUGUUCGAGCACACCAUCUUAGCUACCAUUCGACCACUUCAAACUUUAGAAGAGGAAGAAAGUCACACAGGUUCUCUUUACGAUCUAUGUAUCACUACCAUGGAUCAAGAAGGUUUGCCUAUCAGUUUCGAAGUGGAAUCUCUGGAAGAUCUCGUGGACGAAGUCGAACAUCCAGCCGCCAAUAGACUUGGGUUAAACGAUGUUGUAAUCCAAGUGACUCGGUUCCUGAGGAACUUGAACUUCCGCGGAUUCAAUCUGGAAAACCUUUCCGGCGUACUGGAGAUUCUUCCCGAGCCAGUGGACGAUGACGAGAAUCGGAUAGAGUUCGAGAUCGACGAAGAGGACGAAGAAAAGGAUGAAGAGAUGGAAGAAUGGCCGAUAGAGGACAGAAGAAUAUUAAAAUUCAUUAAAGAGGAUUGCUUAAGAUUCAUCAAGGAAGAUAUUUUCACGGACAUGAAGUUCCCCAUUGUAGUCAAAUUAAGCGACGUGAUAGGUGACGAUUUGGCUACCUCUGACGAAGAGCCGGAAGAACUUCACGUAGUGCUUGAACAGGCAGAACCGAGUAAAAUAAAUUUGUUCUCUUUAACGGAUGACAAAUACGAAGAAGGUAAUGAUAAAAUUGAAGAAACUGGUACGGAGGAAAUGGAGGAAGAGGACGAAGAUGAAGAAACGACGUUAAGAAGCGAAUAUUUCAAGAUGUUGCAGAAGAUUCAAGGAACGAUGUUUACAGCGUUUCCCUCAAGGCCAAUCGUGAGCGUCAGCGACUACAACGCUGCUGAUAGUAUGUUAAACGAAGAAAGAAUAACUACUUGUUCGGAGGAUGCAUCUUUAGACGAGGUCGUCACGAAAUUUAUGAGCAAUUUGAAGAAAUACAUACUGAAACGUUCGGAACCUGUGCAAUUCCGUAGACAAAAUUUAAAUCAAACCUACGAAAUAUUGGACAAGACUGACACGGAAGAAGAAAUCAAAGUUGAAGAAAGUAUCGACAGCGAGGAGAUGGAAGGACAAAUUGAACAAAUUACUACGAUCGAAGAUGUCGAAGAGGUCGACGAAAAAAUAACGACAAAGCAAAACAAAGUAGAUGUUACGUAUCAAGUUACCGAAGAAGACAUGCUAGAUACAAGAGUCGAGGAAUAUGGAAAUGUAAGUUGGAAAGAAAUCGACAAGGCCGAUCAGAAUAUUCAACUGAUCGAAUUCGAGAGCGAAGCGAACGAAAAGAUGCAAAGAUCGAUUCGCGAAGAAACGUUCGAACGCGACGAAGACGAGUCUCUUGAAAAAAUAAAAUUUAAUAAGAUCGAUGGGAACGAAGAGUCAGAUUUCGAAAUUGAUGGAGAGGGAAACGUGGAGCUGAAGGAAAAGUUAUCCUUAUACACCAUCUUCACAUUUCUGCUGGCCAUCUCCUGUUUUUAUCUGGGAUACUACUACCGGAAGAUCUUCUCGUUUAAACAAAUUUCAACGUCCACGUCGGCCUUGAAACCUUUCGAGAUUCACGCAACGCCAACUUCGACGACCACGUUCUUUGAAAAUUCGACGCUGAUAAAGGAAACGAAGGAAGAAAAAUAUGAAGAAACGGAACAGGAGGAAAAUGACUCGUUCGAGAGAAUCGUCGAUCUUGAAACGAUAGAAAUUUCUCAAUUCACCAAAUACGAUUCGGAAUUAUAUUUGGACUCGAUUGAACUCGAAAACGAGGUUGGAGAAUCUGUGUCGCUAAGGGAACGAAUUUUAGAAAAGACAGAAUUGCAAGAAGAAGCAGCGGAAAUUAAUUCUGAAAAUGUCCGAGUGCGUUCAAACUCACAAAUACACUCGGCUUCCCGAUCGACUGACACGAUUGGGAGUGCCAGCAUUAGCAAGCUCGAUAUUCGUGCGAGCGAACCUCCGUUCAUCGUUGAACCGAAUAAACUUAAAGAAGAUUCGAUAGAAUUGCGCCUGGCGGAAGAAGAAAUCGAAACCUUCAGAUAUAGAGAAGACGAUGACUCCGAUUCAUCGAAGUCUCUAUCAACGCGUGACGAUGAAACCAAAUUACUCGAGGCACAGAUGAAUCUAUGUGCAAAGGUGCUAAUAGAAGAAAAAGAGGAAAUGUUAAAUGCGGAAAAACUUCGAACGAGCAGCUGUGGAGCAAAGUCGAAAACAUCUACUUCCGAAAUUCAGAAAGAAGAUUGCGAGCAGUCGAGCAAGAAGGAAGAAGAAAAGGAAGAACGCUCUGUGGUUGAUCAAACAGAUGCCGAAGGGAUCAUUUUUUCGAAACAAGAGGUCGAGAAAAGUAAGGCGUCCACGGAACAAAACGAGUCCUCGAGUUCGCCUCAAAUUUUGGAAACGACCGACAGUUUCGAUUCCACGUACACGAGAGCUUCCGAAACGUCGAGGAACGCCACCUCUAUUGUAGAUCUCAACGAUUCCUCGAUGGAAGAGUUCGUAAUCGCUUCGAACGAAUCGAUUAUAUCGGACAAAGAGAGCGGAUGCAGUUGAGUAAAAAACGUCCGUCUCGAUCUUUCCGUAAUUUUCAGGUUCUUUUUCUUUUUUAUUUUUUUCGCGAUAUCAACGGAUUUUAAUCUCGUAUGAACUUUUUCUUAUUUUUAAGGAACUACCGGAGAAGAUUCUUUUUUUUCAAAAAGAGUGAGGCUUCUUUUAUUUUGCUUUUUGUAAAAAACAAUCGUUGAGAUUCCUUUUUUCUUUUUUUCGUUUUCUCUUUUCUUUUUUUAUGAAGAGAAAUGGCGUUGCAAGAAUAGACGUUCAUGCCGAUAUCGUUGUUCGAAGAUACCGCUCUUUUCGUUUCUCCGGUUCGAAGACGUCCGAUUUUGCGAGAAAUAUUGUUCCGUUUAUCAUUUGCAAGAAAUAGAACGUCUAUCGCUUGAAUUUUAUUUAUUUCGUUUCUUAUAUUCGUACUGAUUAGCUUAUAUUUGCGUUUUACAAGUGGCACGAUGUUUUUUGAACGACAAAUAUUUCGUGAUAAGUGAAAUUUUUUCGUCGACUCGCAAGUAUUAUUCAUUUCUAACGAAUAAACAAUCGUACUUUAAAGAUAUAAUUUUCCCUCGAAAAGUAUCUAAGUCAGCUUUCGUCUGUUUAAAAGAGAAAAUAAUCACAAGGACAAAGUCUUGACUAAAACGUUCUAGCAUUAAGACAUGGAAUACACCGCGAAAUCUUGUCAAUUCCGAGUUUAUCAAUCCGAAUAUUGAUUUAACUCGGACAGCGUUCCCAAACGAGGUUCAUUCAAUUCCACCGACCUUUUACCCCGCUCUCUUAUUGUAUCACUCAACAAGCUUAAUAUACUUAAUUAAAUACAGUUCCUGUUUGCCCCUGACAUCUCUUUACUGACCGCUUAAUCGUUCAAUUAAGCGUCACCGAUUUUCCAUUUCUCUGCACCCUUAGAUAAAUCGUUAUACCUUCCUAUAACAUUCCAACUUUCAAAUUUAGUAAUUUUCAAACUUUCAAAUGCCCCAACCUCCUCCACGAACUUCCAACCAUUCUGCUAAAACGUUUUUUCCCUCGCACGAUUCUCUCUUCUUCGCUAUUCCUGUAUCCAACGAUCGACCACCCUUAUCAACUCGUCCGCCGAUCAUCCAAAUGUUGCACGAUCGCAGCUUCGAUUCGCGAUUCUUCGCUCGCUACGUUUUACCCACGUUUG